AUGGCAGCUCUUAAGACAUUGCAAGCUCUGAUCUUUCUUGGUCUAUUGGCCACGUCCUGCAUCGCUCAAGCUCCAGCUCCAGCACCCAUCAUGCUUCUCCCACCGGUAGAGUCUCCUCCUCCUGUUAUUACACCCACCGCUGAGCCACCGUCUCCAGUACCAGUUGCUUCACCACCGGUAAUGGUUACCGAGCCAACUCCAGCUCCAGCGACUCCUCCCACCGACUCAUCACCGACUAAGUCUCCUUACACUUCCCCUGUGGCUUAUCCUCCGGAACACAAAGGUAUGGCUCCAAGCCCAUCAGUCCCAACUCCAACUCCAACACCAACACCAACGCCAGCACCAGCUCCUGAAGGACCAGCUCCGGCUCCUGAAGGACCAUCUCCGGCUCCUGAAGGACCGGAUGCUGACUCAGCAUUGACUAACAAAGCUUUCCUUGUGAGCACCCUCAUUGCGGGAGCCUUGUACGCAGUCGUUUUGACUUAAGAGAGCCUUGAGUAUACUAAUCACUCUCACUCUCUCCUUUGUUUUCUUUUGUCAAAUCUCUUUGUGUUUCUAUAAUACAUUUAUGUUCUCUUCCAAAUUGUUGGUGUUUUAUUUUUCUGGUCUUUUGAUUCUUUGUAACUCUAAUGGGUAUUGGGAUUAACUCCAAACCAAACGUUCUUAUUGCAUCAUUG